AUGUCGCGUCCCGAAGACUUGUUGCCGCCCGACCUCUUCUACAACGAUGUCGAGAGCCGCAAAUACACAACCAACUCCCGUAUCAAGAACAUUCAAGCCUCCAUGACGAACCGCGCCCUCGAACUCCUCGACUUGCGCUCGCCUUCCCUCAUCCUCGAUCUCGGCUGCGGCAGCGGUCUGUCCGGCGAAAUCCUCUCGCAAGUGGAACCAGAAGAAGGAGGCCCUCACACAUGGAUCGGCAUGGACAUUUCGGCAUCAAUGUUGAGCCAAGCGCUCGACAGAGAUGUGGAUGGAGAUCUGAUGCUGGCGGAUAUCGGCCAGGGUGUGCCGUUUCGUCCUGGCUCGUUCGAUGCCGCCAUCAGUAUUUCGGCCAUCCAGUGGCUUUGUAAUGCAGAGAGCAGUGAUGUCACGCCUGAAGGUCGUCUGAAGCGCUUCUUCGAUGGCUUGUAUGCAUCGUUGCGUCGCGGUGGUCGCGCUGUCUGCCAGUUUUACCCCAAAAAUAAGGUGCAAAGGAACAUGAUCAGUGCUGCUGCAGUCAAGGCUGGUUUUGGCGCUGGUAUCCUCGAGGACGACCCCGGCACCAAGAGCGAGAAGUUGUACCUUGUUCUCACAGUCGGCGGUGGCGAUCUGGGAAGAGAGCAGGAGGCUGCGAGCAGAGACAUCACAGGCGUUGUGAAUGGCAUGACCGACGUCGACAUACAAGAUGCUCGCCGCAAGAAGGAUCAACGCUCACGCAAGGACAUGGCAAGAGUCAAGGGAAGCAAAGCCUGGAUCACGAGAAAGAAGGAUCAGAUGGAGAAGCAGGGCAAGGUCGUCAAGGCAAACUCAAAGUACACUGGCAGAAAGAGAAAGAUCGCCUUCUAG